CGGAACGCACCCGUCACACUCGUUAGUUUACGAGAAGAAAAACAAUCAAACUUGGUAUAUCCCACUAUAUCCGGCAGCGAAUUUUGUGCGUACGGUUUGUGUUCAAGAAAACGUAAACAAACUCGUCUUUCGCGGAAAGAUUUAUAACAGCUUGUAAACGCGAGUGAAUGUAAUAUUCUUAUUGCCAAGUGCGAUAGAGAAAGUUCCAAAACAUCUUCAAAAUGGCAUUACGUACUUAUGGAGACAAACCUAUAAGUUUCCAAGUAGAGGAAAAUGGCGAAUACUAUUGCAUUGGCUCGGAAGUUGGCAAUUACUUGCGUCUUUUUCGCGGUUCUUUGUACAAGAGAUAUCCCGGCAUGUUCCGGAGAUCCAUAACCAACGACGAACGUAAAAAAUUGGUAGAACUUGGAUUGAGUCAGCACGUUCUUGCAUCAAGUGUUUCACUGUUGAGAGCCAGUGAAGUAGAGGAUAUUAUUGAAGGCAAUGAUGAUAAGUACAAAGCGGUAUCAGUGCAUUCUACUGAGCCACCGGCGCCAAGAGAAGGUAAAUCGAAAAAGUCAAUGGCUUGGGUGCCGAGUCUACCAAACAGCUCACAUUUAGAUGCAGUACCUCAAGCUACACCAAUAAAUCGCAAUAGAGUGCACAAUAAAAAAGUUAGAACAUUUCCAUUAUGUUUUGAUGAUACAGAUCCAUCUGCAAAUUUAGAAAAUGCGGCACAGCAAGAAAUGCUGGUUCCAAUACGUUUAGAUAUGGAAAUAGAAGGCCAGAAAUUAAGAGACACUUUCACUUGGAAUAAAAAUGAAAGUCUUAUAACACCCGAACAAUUUGCCGAGGUGCUAUGCGAUGAUUUAGAUUUGAAUCCGUUAACUUUUGUUCCUGCAAUCGCACAGGCGAUAAGGCAGCAAAUAGAAGCAUUCCCUCAGGAGACGAUUCUGGAGGAUCAGUGUGAUCAGAGAGUGAUAAUUAAAUUAAAUAUACACGUGGGCAAUACCUCUUUAGUGGAUCAGGUAGAAUGGGACAUGUCUGAGAAGGAGAAUAAUCCAGAGAAAUUUGCAAUGAAGCUUUGCGCAGAGCUUGGUCUUGGCGGAGAAUUUGUUACUGCUAUUGCCUACAGUGUACGUGGACAAUUAUCGUGGCAUCAAAGAACAUAUGCAUUUUCUGAAGCACCUCUCCCAACUGUAGAAGUUCCUUUCAGACCUCCAUCAGAGGCUGAUCAAUGGGCACCAUUUUUAGAAACUCUAACAGACGCAGAAAUGGAAAAGAAGAUACGCGAUCAAGACCGAAAUACUCGACGUAUGCGACGUUUAGCAAACACGACACCCGGCUGGUAGAUACAGCAUCUAGAAAAGAAACAUUUAGAGAAAGAAUAUAUCCAUACCAUCUAGAUCUUUUAACUGUCCUAAUUUUUAGUAUGCCCUGAUAUUUAUAAGAUUUAUAAGUAAUGAUAUAAUUUUUAUUAAAAUAUCUACGUAUAUAUAAGAUACAAAAUAUAUAAAACUAUUUGUAAAAAUAAUGGAUUGCAUUUUUAAAAAAUGUAACUACAUAAUUAGUCGUCGUUGAUUAUGGAACGUUCUUAUAUACAGGAUAUACAGAACUAAUGAGUCAUUCUUCAAUUUAAAAUAUUUUUCUUUUAUAUAUUUACAAAAAAAUUUUUUUCCAAUUUUUAUUAUAUAAUAGUCAAUUUGUUCUUGUGAUCGUGUGAUGAAUAAAUGUUGUCUUAUAUCGUACGUGCAUAUGGUAUGAUCAACAACGCAGUUAUUUGUACGUACAUAUCAUACAACACUUCAAUCAAGAACUGAUAACAGUUGAUUGUGUGACUCAACUUUAAUAUAAUAGUAAGAAAUACAAUUAAAAUUGUUUUAUAUGUGAAAAUUAUGUAUUAAAUAUACCUUGAAUAUUUUAUUUAAAA